ACAUCACUAAAACAAUCGAGUUAUCGAUAAUAGUGCACAAUCGGGUAACAAAAUUCAGUCAGCUGUUCAUUCUGGCGCUCUUUCCUUUUGUUAAAAGUAAUUUUAUUUAUUUGCCAUAAACAAAAAAUGUCACGAGCUGGCGGGGAUUUGCCGGCGACGAGGAAGAUACUGGGCAGUGUGGAGUACAUGCGGAUUUGCCAGUUCAUCAAUGGAUACCAUGGCCUGGCCAUUGACUGCGAGUUCGAGCUCCGGAAUCGGUUCUUCAAGGAAGUCGAACCUAUGGCCCUCACCUGUAUCCUGCAGUCGGAGCUUAUCAACCGGUCCCGUGGUCAGCACUGGAAGCACGAUCAACGGGGCAAGAAGCUGCUGAAGGCGUACGAGGAUCAGAAAGACCUUUAUGACAACGAUCUACUAAUUCAAAUGGCCUGUGCCGAGGGAAUAAAUCCAAUUACUGUCUGCCGGACGCUCCUGCAAGAAAAGUAUAAGUUGAAGCCCAGAUCGCACAUCUCACGUAUGCUAAAGCAUCCGCAUCUCAUCGAGGACCCACGGUUGGCGGCCAACGUCCAGCAGUGUCUGAUAAGUGAUAAUCAGGAGGGCCCUAUUACGGAUUUGCGUCGCCGCAUUAUGGGUGAGGAAUACGAAUUGAAGCUCAAGCAACUGGCCAAGGAGGCGGGCAUACACUUCUACGAUGAACAAGAUCUCCGGCGCAUGGGAUAUGACAAGACGCCCGACAUUAAGAUGAUACUGCCAUUCCUCUACAAAGGCCAAGUGAUUAAUUGGAUCGAGAGCAAGGCAAAUUUCGGAGAUACCAAAGGACACAAGUUUAACAUUCAACAGCAGCUGCAUAGCUACUGUAAUCGCUUUGGACCUGGCCUAAUCAUCUAUUGGUUUGGCUAUCACGAGGAGACGCCUCACCUGCCGGAUAAUAACAUUGGUAUCACAGUACUCGCUGAUUUUCCGGCCAAAGACGAUUUAGUAUUCAUGCAGAUUAGUCACGGGGAAGGGCCGCUAGCUGAAGCUGCAGCAAUAACUGGGGAAUAUAUUGAAACUGAUACUUCUGACAAUGAAUUGAAGAAAUCCUCAUAAUAGCAGGGAACUGAUACAAGUUCGGAGACACAGGAAAUAGUCCUAUAUUUCGCUCUAAAUAAUAUUUAUUAUCACUUGAACGAUAUGUGCUUUUGUACAUGAAAUACUAGCCAGUUGUAAUCUCAUAUUUUUAAUUAUUAUUGUUAAUAAGAGUAUUGGAAUGACGGAA